AUGCCGGAGCUUCCAGAGGUUCACCGUGCCGAGAGAGCUUGUAAUGCAAAUUUAGUUGGAAAACAGAUCGUUCAAGUUGAAACGCAAGAAGACAAGUUGGUUUUCUGUGGUAUAUCAAAUGAUGAAUUUGAACGUAGUUUAUUAAAUAAGUUCGUCAAAAGUACCGGUCGAUGGGGAAAAUAUUUCUAUUUUGAAAUGAACGAAAGUCCAAACCCUGUCUUUCAUUUUGGAAUGACUGGAAAUAUUCGUUUUAAAGAUCAAGGAGCAUUUUCUUAUCGUAAACCAUCCAAGAAUGAUCCAAGCGAAUGGCCUCCAAAAUUUUGGAAAUUUAUUCUUACAUUAAAGGAUUCGACUAAUACAUCUUCUGAAAAAGUUGUUAUGGCAUUCACUGAUGUACGCAGAUUAGCAAGGAUACGUCUGGUUACUAAUUCACCAUUACAGGAUGAUCCUAUAUUAAGGUUGGGAUUUGAUCCUUUGUGGAACAUGCCGGACGUAAAGACAUUCAGUGAAUUGGUUUUGAAGCGAAAGUGCCCGAUCAAAGCUUUGUUAUUGGACCAACAAUUUUCCGCUGGGAUUGGCAAUUGGGUCGCAGAUGAAGUGUUGUUUCAAUCACAUGUUCAUCCUGGCCAAUACGCGCAUACACUCAUCGAAGAACAAAUCAAUGCACUGCACGAGAAUUUGGUAUACGUAUGUAAAACGGCGGUUGAUGUAAAUGCUGAAGCGCGGUUGUUUCCUGAUAGUUGGCUUUUUCAUUAUAGAUGGAGUAAAGGAGCGAAGAAUGGAGCGUUUAUGCCGGAUGGAGAACAGAUUUUAUUUGAAACUGUAGGUGGGAGAACUAGUGCUAUUGUACCAAGUGUACAAAAGUUACCUGAAGAUACGAUAGAAAGGAAGAUCUCACGUUCACGUGUUUCUAAGGAUGUAGAACCUAAGAAGAAAUCAACGCGCCAAAAACGUAAUUUUACUGCAGCUCAGGAUGAUCCUUUGUCCAGUAAACCGGUCACAAAACACGUUCAAUCACCUAUCCAAGUCAUUGGUAAGAAACGUAAGAUUGUCACAAUUCUUGAUGAUGCAGAUGUUGAUACUUCGACGAUCAAACCAUCCGCGAAACGGAUUCGCAAGCCAGACAAAAGAGACGUAAGUAAAUCAGCAGCAGUCGUCGAACAAAAGUCAUCUUUGCAGCAGGAUUUAUUUCAACAUCCUCAGCAACACAGAAUUCAAAGUCAGCAACAAUAUUAUCAACAACCACAAACUCAUUAUGGAUAUAUGCGCUAUGACGGGGGCUAUGAAUCUAUUCCUUUUGUGCAUUCGCAACUCUCUCAAAACCAAAUGUCUACGAACACUUAUCAUAUGCCUCAACAACUUCCUCAAGUAGAACAAGUUGAACAAGUAAAUCAAUACGCUCAUACUCCACAACAAACAAAUCAACAGCAACUUUAUCAACAAUUACAACGACAAUACAUACAGCAACAGUUUGUUCAACAACCAGUUGCUCAGCAAUUAACAUCCUCGGAACAAUUAACUUCAACACGUCAAUUGUCGCAGCCCGUAGUACCGACGCAAGCUCUCCCGCAAGCUCCUAAUGUAUAUCACCAGCAACCAUCGUCUCAUUUUCCUCGACAACAAUCUCAAGAACCUCAAUUAUUGCCUCAUCAAUUAUUGUGGUAUCUGGCGGAACAUUAUUUAAUAAAAGCAUCUGCAUUAUCCACUUCAUCUCUAGUUAAUUUUCCAGCAUUAUCCCCACAACACCAACAACAUAUUUUGGUAGCGAUCAAAUGUUUGGAAUCGGUUCUUACAAGUAUGAUGACUGGGAAUAAUUAUAUGGCAUUACUUGAUAAUGUUACAGAACUCAAGUUCAAAAUGAUUGACCUUCAAUGUAACAUUUUCAAAAGCACAAAUAACCUUAAAGUAGCGAGAAAUCUAAUGAAAUCAAGUGCACUUGAAUCAAUGGAGAGUAAUAUGCCAAAUUGGACAUAUCACUUUUUGUUAAAACGCUCAGAAUUUUAUUAUGCUGAGGGUGAUUUUAAUGGAUGUUUAUCGGUAUUAAAACAAGCGGAGACAAUGGCAGAUCAGAGAGGGGACGUUGAAAUGAAGGCAUGCCUUCUAAUUACAAUCGCUCAAUAUGCGUUUUCAAGCCAAAAUUAUCCAAUAGCGCAACACGCUCUCGCUGAACUAUCAACGGUUUAUUUUCCACCGCCUUCCAAUAUGGCCACUGACAAGUUAACAGAAGUGCAUCAUAUUUUAGAUCAAAAACGGGAUGAGGAGACGGUAGAUGAGUUGAAAGGGUAUACCACGAUACAUAUAUCUGCCGCUCCAACAACUUCAAUGACAACAUAUACGAAUGCUGCAUCAUCAGCAUCAAGUUUGCCAGUCACGAUUCGUUGGUUAUCAAAAGCAGAGAUUUAUACCCUUACAUUUUUAAUAUCGGGGAUAUGUAAUCGUGGAGAUAAUGCAACAACAAAAUCUGCUUUAUUCUUGACAGAAGGAUUGAAGAUUGUUGAGAGGGAGAUAUAUUCGAAUGAUGAUAAUCAAUUGCCGGUUCAUGAUGUCAUCAAAUCUAAAAAAUUUUACGUUAUGCUAAAGGCAUACAUGCUUCAACACCUAGUUGACUCUUAUUUGCUGAGGUCAGAAUAUAAUGAUGCCGAGAAAACUAUUGCGCAAUUGAUGAAUUGGCUGACCUCGUAUAAUUUAUGGGCGCAAUUCCAAGUACCAGUAGCACUUGCACUAGGAAUGAUAAACCAAUGCGUUGGUAAAGCCUAUGAAGCAAUGGAAUAUUAUAAAGAAGUAGAAAAGACCACCGAAAAUAGAGAAAUUAGAAUACUAACCAAAGUUAACCGUGCUUUAAUAUUAUUUGGUAGUUCCGGUAAUAACCAACAACAGCAAGAUAUUGGAAUAAUAAUAGAGGAAAUAAAACAAGAAAUGAUGUAUCAAACACAUCACAUAGAUAAUUUAAGAGCCAUGGUACACUUUUUGGAGGCAUUAUCGUGUGGUGAUUAUACACGAACAAAAGAACAUUUGGCAGAAACUUUAAAAUUGUCAUCAACAUCAUCCAAUAAUCAGCUUAAAGCUUUAACGCUUUCGGUUCUUGGUGCGAUUUUCUAUUCUACACAGAAUGAACAAGCGGAAAAGAUGUUAACCGCCGCAUAUUUGUUAUCCAAGAAUGCAAAUAAUGAUUUAGGAUGCUCUGUUUCUGGUCGUCUUUUAAAAGAUAUUUAUGAAUUUCGAUGUAACCAACAAAAUUAUUCGAAACAAUCGGCAUUUAAUGAACAGCAUGAGCUAAUAGUAAGUAAAUCACUCACAGAUUGGAAUGAAAAAGGUAGAGUAGUACUGGAUUUGAUGGAUGGUGAUGGAGAUGAUGUUUCAAAUUCUACCUCCACACUACAUCUCCAUAAUGCUAGUGAAAGUAGUAUAAAUUCUUCAGGUACAAACAUGAUACAUAGCGUUCCUGGAGGAGGUGGAUAUGUAUAA